AGGCUGCUCUCCGCGCCUACUUUCAGUUUCGUGCGGAGCGCGGCGAAGCCGGGAGCGCAGCUGGGAGCGCAGCCGGUCUUAGUCACGGCACGCGGGAUCUUCGUUGAGGCAUGCGGCAUCUUUUGUUGUGGUGAGCAGGCUCUUCGUUGCAGCGUGUGGGCGUCUCUCUAGUUGUGGUGUGCAGGGGCCUGUCCUGUGGAAAGAACCUGAAAAUCCAGCUCAGGGACUUGGCCCAGGAACCCAUGAGACCCUCUCUGUGGACAUCCUAGAACAUCUAUGAUGAACCAGGAAGCCAGGGAUGGUUAUUUUUAAAGAGCUUAAGGUCUUACCCCCAGGGGAUAGAGCACUCAUGGUGGAAACAACGACAUCAUGUUAGACUGGCUGGAGGGGAAAUUUGAAUUUGAAGGACUUUCCCAGAAAUUAUACCAUCCAGGCACUCCUCACUUCCACCUGGCACCUUGCUGCCCUGGAUGAUUUCUUUAUGGGCCACAUGAUUUUGGACAUUAUAGCCCAGAAAAGAAGCUGUGCCCUAGGCCAUGGUCACAUCCUUGUGCCAAGAUCACACAAAGGGCAGGGAUUAGCCCUUGUCUGGUGCCACCUAGGGAUCCCAAGCCUUGGACAUUUACUGGCCUGAGAGGGCCGGGCUGCUCAUGGACCCCAUUAGCCUCCAGCUGGGCACUGAGAACCUGUGUGGAUAUCUCGUGAGCCUGCUCAGCAAAGACCCAGAAUGGCUGAGCGCCAAGGUGAAGUUCUUCCUCCCCAACGUGGACCUGGGCUCCGGGGACCAGUCCCCAGACCCCACACAGAGGGUCAUCCAACAACUCAACAAACUGCACACCCAGGGUCAGACCACCUGGCAGGAGUUCAUCCACUGCGUGUGCAUGGAGCUGGACGUACCACUGGAACUGGAGGUGCUGUUGCUGAGCACUUGGGGCCACGGAGACGGCUUCCCCAGGCAGCCUGAAGUUGGCGAGGAAAGCCAACCAGACUCUCAGCUCCACCCUGGCCUCAAGCGGCCUCACCAGAGCUGUGGGUCCUCACCUCGCCCAAAGCAGUGCAAGAAGCAGCAGCAAGAGCUGGCCAAGAGGUACCUCCAGCUGCUUAGGACUUCUGCCCAGCAGCGCUAUGCCGACAGGACCCCCGGACCAGGGCAGCCGCUUGCCUUCCCCCAAGCCUACAUCCCUCCAAUCUUGCAAUGGAGCCGGGCCUCAGCACCCUUCGACACUCAGGAGGGGGCCAUUACAGGGGACCCCAAGGCAGAAGAUGGCACCGACGUGAACAUUCGGGACCUCUUCAAUACCAAGGCCAACAGGGGCCCGAGAGUGACGGUGCUUCUGGGGAAGGCGGGCAUGGGCAAGACCACGCUGGCCCACUGGCUCUGCCAGAAGUGGGCUGAUGGUCAGCUGGACCGCUUCCAGGCCCUGUUCCUUUUCGAAUUCCGCCAGCUCAACCUGAUCACGGGUUUCUUGACGCUCCCCCAGCUCCUCUUUGAUCUGUACCUGAGGCCUGAGGCUGGCCCCGAGGCUGUCUUCCAGUACCUGGAGGAGAAUGCUAACGGAAUCCUGCUCAUCUUUGAUGGGCUGGACGAGGUCUUCCACCCCUGCUCCAGCAAGGAGACUGCAGGCCCUGAGGACCCAGCAUCAGCCCUCACCCUCUUCUCCCGCCUCUGCCGUGGGACCCUCCUGCCUGGCUGCUGGGUAAUGGCCACCUCCCGUCCAGGGAAGCUGCCCGCCUGCCUGCCCACCGAGGCGGCCACGGUCCACAUGUGGGGCUUUGACGGACCGCGGGUGGAGGAGUACGUGAGCCGCUUCUUCAGCGACCAGCCAUCCCAGGAGGCAGCCGUAGCAGAGCUGCGGACAAACAGACGUCUCUGGAGCAUGUGCGCCGUGCCCGCUCUGUGCCGAGUCGCCUGCCUCUGCCUCUACCGUCUGCUCCCGGGCAGCUCUCCGGGCCAGUCUGCGGCCCUCCUGCCCACCAUGACCCAGAACUACGUGCAGAUGGUGCUAACCCUCAGCCCCCGAGGGUUCCUGCCUGCCGAGUCCCUGCUGGGCCUCGGGGAGGUGGCCCUGAGGGGCCUGGAGACAGGGAAGGUCAUCUUCUCUGCAGGUGACAUCCCUCCACCCGUGAUGGCCUUCGGGGCUGCCCUCGGCCUGAUGACCUCCUUCUGUGUGUGCACGGGACCCGGGCACCAGGAGACAGGCUAUGCCUUCACCCACCUCAGCCUGCAGGAGUUUUUUGCUGCCCUGCACCUGAUGGCCAGCCCCCAGGUGGACAAAGAUACACUCUCCCAACACGUCACCCUCACUUCUCGCUGGGUGCAGCGAACCAAAGCUAGACUGGGCCUCUUAGACCACCUUCCCACCUUUCUGGCUGGCCUGGCAUCCUGUGCCUGCCGCCCCUUCCUCAGCCUCCUGGCACAGCAGGACGAGGCCUGGGUGGGUACCAAGCAGGCAGCAGUGGUGCAGGCACUGAGGAAGUUGGCCACCCGCAGGCUCACGGGACCAAAGGUUGUAGAACUGUGUCACUGUGUGGGUGAGACACAGGCGCCUGAGCUGGCUGGCUUCACAGCCCAGAGCCUCCCCCAUCAAAUGCCCUUCCACAACUUCCUGCUGACCUACGCCGACCUGGCCGCCCUGACCAACAUCCUAGGGCACAGGGAUGCCCCCAUCCACCUGGAUUUUGAGGGCUGCCCCCUGGAGCCCCGCUGCCCCGAAGCCCUGGCCGGCUGUGGGCAGGUAGAGAAUCUCAGCUUUAAGAGCAGGAAGUGUGGGGACGCCUUUGCCGAAGCCCUCUCCAGGAGCUUGCCGACAAUGGGGAGCCUGAAGAAGCUGGGGUUAGCAGGAAGUAAGAUCACUGCUCAAGGCAUCAGCCACCUGGUGCAGGCUUUGCCCCUCUGUCCACAGCUGGAAGAGAUCAGCUUUCGGGAUAACCAACUCAAGGACUGGGAGGUGCUGAACGUCGUGGAGGUGCUCCCUUGCCUGCCGCGGCUCCGGAAGCUUGAGCUGAGCCUCAGCAAUGUCUCCGCGUCAACCCUACUCUCCUUGACGAAUGUGGCGGUCACGUGCCCUACCGUCAGGAUGCUGCAGGUCAGGAAGGCGGACCUCAUCUUCCUUGUCUCCCCACCCACAGAGACGGCUACAGAGCUACAAGGAGACCCAGACCUACAGGGAAAUGCCAACCAGAGGAAAGAGGCUCAGAGGAGAAGCCUGGCACUCAGGCUCCAGAAGUGUCAGCUCGGGGUCCGUGAUGUGGAAGUACUCAUAGCCCAGCUCCGGGAAGGUCCACACCUGGAUGAAGUGGACCUCUCAGGGAACCGGCUGGAAGAUGAAGGCUGUCAACUGAUGGCAGAGGCUGCACCCCAGCUGCACAUCGCCGGGAAGCUGGACCUCAGCAGCAAUGGGCUUUCUCUGGCCGGGGUGUGCCGUGUGCUGAGUGCGGUGAGCACGUGCCGGACGCUGGCAGAGUUCCACGUCAGCCUGCUGCACAAAACUGUGGUCCUCAAGUUUGCCCCAGAGCCGGAGGAGCAGGAGGUGACCCAGAAAAGGGCUGCGUUUCCUGACAGCCUUACCUUCCAGACGCCCUAUGAUCCGCCCCUGUGUGCCCCAAGGAUCAGGCUGACACACUGUGCCCUGCAAGCCCAGCACCUAGAGCACCUCUGCAAAGCACUGGGAGGAAGUUGCUGCCUCUGUCACCUCGACUUAUCAGGCAAUGCUCUCGGGGACAAAGGUGCGGCCCUGCUGGCUCAGCUGCUUCCGGGGCUGGGCGCUCUGCAGUCCUUGAACCUCAGUGAGAACGGUUUGUCCCUGGAUGCUGUGUUCAGUUUGACCCAGUGCUUCUCUACUCUGCCGUGGCUUUUGCACUUGGACUUCAGGUCUGAGAGCCAACGCGUCAUCCUGAGAGGUGAUGGAAGAGACAGGGAUCUGCUGGCUGCUGGAUCUUUGCCAGGGUUCCAAGCUGGAGUCCAGUUCUUGGGGUUCGGUCAGCGCCUCAUCUCCAGGAGCUUCUGCCUCAGGGAAUGUCAGCUGGAGCCCCUGAGCCUCUCCCGCCUCUGUGAGACUCUGGAGAAGUGCCCGGGGCCUCUGGAAGUCAAAUUGUCCUGCAAUGUCCUGAGUGACCAGAGCCUGGAGACCCUGCUGCACCACCUACCCCGGCUCCCUGAGCUAAGGCUGCUGCAGCUGACCCAGAUGGAACUGUCCCCGAGGAGCCCCCUCCUGCUGGCUGACAUCUUCAGCCUGUGCCCGCGGGUUCAGAAGGUGGAUCUCAGGUCCCUGCAUCACGCGACCCUGCACUUCAGGUCUAGUGAGGAGCAGGAAGGCGGGUGCUGUGGCAGAUUCACAGGCUGCGGCCUCAGCCAGGAGCACGUGGAGCCGCUCUGCUGGUUGCUGAGCAAGUGUGAAGACCUCAGCCAGCUGGACCUCUCAGCAAACCUGCUGGGUGAUGCCGGGCUCAGGUGCCUCCUGGAAUGUCUCCCUCAGGUGCCCAUCUCCGGUUCACUUGAUCUAAGUCACAACGGUAUCUCUCAGGAAAGUGUCCUGUGCCUGGUGGAGACUCUCCCCUCCUGCCCACGUGUCCGGGAGGCCUCAGUGAACCUGGGCUCCAAGCAGAGCUUCUGGAUUCACUUCUCCCGACAGGAGGAGGCUAGGAAGACACUGAGGCUGAGCGAGUGCAGCUUCGAGCCAGAGCACGUGCCCAGACUGGCCACUGGCCUGAGCCAGGCCCUGUGGCUGACGGAGCUCACGCUGACCCAGUGCUUCGUGGGCCUGGAGCAGCUAACCAUCCUCCUGGGUCUGCUAAAGUGCCCGGAAGGACUGCUCACUCUGAGGGUGGAGGAGCCGUGGAUGGGCAAAGCCGGGGUGCUCACGCUGCUAGAAGUCUGUGCCCAAGCCUCAGGCAACGUCACUGAAAUAAGCAUCUCCGAGACCCAGCAGCAGCUCUGUAUCCAGCUGGAAUUUCCCCAUCAGGAGAACCCAGAAGCCGUGGCCCUCAGGCUGGCUCACUGUGACCUUGGGACCCACCACAGCCUUCUUGCCAGGCAGCUGAUGGAGACCUGCGCCCGGCUGCGGCAGCUCAGCUUGUCCCAGGUGAACCUCUGCGAAGCCAGUGCUCUGCUGCUACAAAGCCUCCUGUUGUCCCUCUCUGAGCUCAAGAACUUCCGGCUGACCUCCAGCUGUGUGAGCUCCAAUGGGCUAGCCCACCUGACAUCUGGUCUAAGCCACUGUCACCACCUGGAGGAGCUGGACUUGUCUAACAAUCAACUUGGCGAGGAGGGCACCAAGGUGCUGACGCGGGCCCUUGAGGGCAAGUGCUGGCUGAAGAGGCUUGACCUCAGCCACCUCCCACUGGGCGGCUCUACCCUGGCUGCACUCACUCAAGGACUAAGCCACAUGACCCUCCUGCAGAGCCUCCGUCUGAGCAGGAGUGAUAUCGGUGACGUCGGCUGUUGCCACCUUUCGAAGGCUCUCAGAGCUGCCACCAGCUUGGAGGAGCUAGGCUUGAGCCACAACCAGAUUGGAGACACCGGUGCCCAGAACUUAGCUGCUGUCCUGCCGGGACUGCCUGAGCUCAGGAAGAUAGACCUCUCGGCGAAUGGCAUCGGCCCGGCAGGGGGAGCGCGGCUGGCGGAGUGUCUCCCGCUUUGUAGGCGCCUAGAGGAGCUGAUGCUCGGCUGCAACGCCCUGGGAGACCCCACAGCCCUGGGGCUGGCCAGGGGGCUGCCCCGGCACCUGAGGGUCCUGCACCUGCCAUCCAGCCAUCUUGGCCCAGAGGGGGCGCUGAGCCUGGGCCAGGCCCUGGAUGGAUGUCCACACGUGGAAGAGAUCAGAUUGGCAGAGAACAACCUGGCCGGAGGGGUCCCACAUUUCCGUCUGGGGCUCCCACUGCUCCGGCAGAUCGACCUGGUGUCGUGUGAGAUUGACAACCAGACUGCCAAGCCCCUCACUGCCAGCUUCGUGCUCUGCCCGGCCCUGGAGGAAAUCAUGCUGUCCUGGAAUCUGCUCGGGGAUGAGGCAGCUGCUGAGCUGGCCCGGGUCCUGCCGCGGAUGGGCCGGCUGAAGAGAGUGGACCUGGAGAAGAAUCGGAUCACAGCUUACGGAGCCUGGCUCCUGGCUGAAGGGCUGGCGCAGGGCUCUGGCAUCCAAGUCAUUCGCCUCUGGAAUAACCCCAUCCCCCCGGACACGGCCCAGCGUCUGCAGAGCCAGGAGCCCAGGCUGGACUUUGCUUUCUUCGACAACCAGCCACAGGUCCCUCAGGGCACUUGAUGGCUCCCUCGAGACCUUUCGAAUCCAGCCGAGUGAUGCCAGCUUCCACCCACCAGGAUAGAGGACUCAGGAAAAGAGCCUCAGCUGGCUGUCCCUGUACCCUGCCCCACGAGGGAGAGACACGUUUUUCCUGCAACAGUCUUCGGGGAGGACUUUUUUGGCAACAAAGAGCCUAGUAUAGCCAAUAGACUACCCUACAUCCCAUGGGACAUGCAUGACCAGUCAGAAACAUGUAACACAAUAAGCAUGUCAUGGUGUGAUGCGUGACACAGAAGGUCACACGUGACAGCAUUCCAUGUGACAUUGCAUGAAACCUGCAGUGUGGCCUGUGGGUUAAUGUCAUGGGUCUUAGCACUACAUGUGAUUGGUGGUCCAUAUAUAAGACAUGACAAAUGUCCAUGUCACGUGCCAUGUGGCUGGCCAGAUGCCCUCAGGCUGGUCCAAGAUCUAAUUUAUUACUUUUUUAAACCAAGUAUGUAUUUAUAAAUUGCAUUUCCAGAGCAGCUAAGCCAGAAAAUGUCUUCCGCCCAGAAUGGGAUGGGGAGAGCAUCCAAGCACUGACCGGCCCAGUGGCCCGAGGGCCAAGGCCCUGGGCCAAGCCAGGGAUUUAGCCAUGAGGCUUCCAGAUGAGUAUCCUCCUGCCUCAAGCCUCAGUUUUCCCAUCUGUGAACUGGAUCACCCACUCUCCCUUAGUUUCCAAGGACUUUAGGCCCAGGUCCAGGUAGAGCCAGCCUGACCUUGGACAGGCCCAGUCCGUGCUGUGUAAGGGACGAAGCUAGGCCUAAGGGUGCAGGGGGUGGGGACUGCCAAAAUAUUCAGGUAAGGCCACUGGAUCAAGCCACUACCUCAGCAGAAUCUGAGUGAGCUCCCAGGGGCUGCAUGUGUUACACAGUGUUCUCAUUACUUCCAAGAGGGCCAAAGGGUGGCCCUGCUACACUGUAAGCCAAGUUUGACCAAUAAAUGUGGGUGAUCUUCCA